AGAUCUGCCGAGGAACAGCUCCUCUGCACCACACAGCACGACCUGCAGCUGGCACAGGGAGAGGUGCUAACAGCCAUAUGAGUGGGAGCAGGCUGAGCGCUCACAGCCCAUAACAUGGUAAGUCUCUGCCUGCUGCGCAAUGCUGCUGCAGUUCCUCAGAGAGUCCCCUCACUGUGGCAUAGCGCAAAGCUUAUGAAAUCUUUUAGGAUGACUCCAAGUCCAGAGGCGGUUCUGGGAGAAGUGUUCCAGGGCUGUGAAACCGAGGUGCAGCUAGGGGCCCAGGGCUGUCCAGCAGAGCAGAGUCCCCUGGUGAGCCCUAGGGGCUGUGUGCCGGUUCAGCACUCAGCCUGCCUGGGGAGCUGCCGAGGGCACGGCAGGGGGAUGCGUGGGGGGGAAGCAGCCCUCCUGCAGGGCAGGGGCCUUCUGCUGACAAAACUGCUGCUGGGGGGAGGGGGCUGAAAGCUACACAGCACCCCAGGGCAUUUCCAGUGGACCUUCACUGAAGGGAGACAAGUUAGCUACCUCCAGGUGAGCUUUCCUUGGUCUCCACUUUCAGUUUUGUCAUCCUUGGCUCAGUGGGAAUACAAACAGCCUGUGCUCUUGAAGAGGCAGAGACCCCUAAAUCAGCACCCUGAGGGUCAUCAGGACCCACCAGAAGAUCCUUUGUUGUCCCUCAGCGUGCAGAAAGCAGUAGCAUUGCUUGUGCAGUGCCACUAGCCUUUUGCUUCAGGGUUCACUGGAGCUGCCCUCUGUUCUGCCCUCCGUCCCUGCAGUAGAAUGCCAGUGAUAAUUUCAGGGGAAGUCACAAGUUGCCCUUGGAGUCUCUUAGGUGGGGGAUGAAAAUUCAGACGCAGCUGAGACACCAAUGCUAUGAGUUCAGUUUCACAGAUGCAGCUGUUGAGGAAAAGUAACCGUGCUUCUGCUAAUUUCUGAGGUGUUGGAAAUGAUGCCUGUGGCCUCUCAGUAGGCAUUCCAUUCAGGACAGCUCAUUCCUUAGCACAUUUGACUUUGCCCGUGUGUUUCCUCCUCGACUGCGGUGAGAGCUCCCCGAGGACACAGCUCUGCCAUAGCAGCUCCGUGUUAUCAAGCAGCUCCAUGGAGAGAACACCUCAGUGCUGAAGCCACAUAAUCGCUGCAGCAUGGCUGUACACAGGCAGCCACAAUGAGCUCACUGUGUGCUUGGCCAGAAAAGAGAAAUGAUAUGCUCCAUACGUAGGACGAGAGAGGUCAUGCACUUUGAACCUGGAUUCCUCUGGUCUCAUCAGCAUCCUGAGUCUUCAGGGGAACUCCUCAGUGCAGGCAUCAUCCCCCCGUGCCAGCAUAGGACAGCUGAGGCCAGGACAGGUGGACAGAGCAGCUCUACAGCUUCUCCCUGUGCUGAGGGACACCCCCUUCACCUCUGGAUUCACAAAAUGUCACUUGAAGUGCCUUACGAACGCAAAGGUUUUCUGCUUUAUAACUAAUCCCUCGAUGUGGUUAAGCACCUGGAUAAAAACAGAAGAAAAAAUACGCUCAGGACCCUCCUUAACAGUUUUAUGAAAUUUGAGCAACCCUUCCAUAAAACUCCUUGACACUGCAGGUUUAUUUAAUUUGAGAUCAGCUCAAAACCUAAUUUUUCUGUUACAGGGCCAGACUGACUCUUCCACAAUCCACAGCCACCUCUUUCUCCCAGUGACAUUCUCAGCAACCACCUCACCACCCCACAGAACUCAAGCAAAGGGAUCUUGCAAAGGCCUUCCUCAAAUGUCCACAUAUUCAGAGACAGCAAAUGUCCAACAGCAGCUCCAACAGCGAGUUCCUCCUCCUGGCAUUUGGAGAGAGGUGGGAGCUGCGGCUUCUCCACUUCUGGCUCUUCCUGGGCAUCUAUCUGGCUGCCCUCCUGGGCAACGGCCUCAUCAUCAUAGGCAUAGCCUGCGACCACCGCCUGCACACCCCCAUGUACUUCUUCCUCCUCAACCUUGCCCUUCUUGACCUUGGUGGCAUCUCCACCACUGUCCCCAAAUCCAUGGCCAAUUCCCUACUGGACAGCAGGUCCAUUUCCUACUCAGGGUGCGUUGCCCAAGUCUUUUUCUUUGUCUUCUUGGCUGGAGCGGAGUUUUCUCUUCUCAUGGUCAUGUCCUAUGACCGGUACAUUGCCAUUUGCAAGCCCCUGCACUACGGGACCCUACUGAGCAGCAGGACUUGUGCCACCAUGGCAGCAGCUGCCUGGGGCUGUGGGUUUCUCAGUGCUAUCCUGCACACUGCCAAUACAUUUUCACUGCCACUCUGCCAAAGCAAUGCUGUGAACCAAUUCUUCUGUGAAAUACCCCAGAUUCUUAAGCUCUCCCACUCGCACUCCUUCCUGAGGGAAAUAUGGGCUACUGUGGCUGUUGUCUCUUUAGCCUCUCUUUUUUUUGUUUUCAUUCUUUUCUCCUAUGUGUGGAUCUUCAGGGCUGUGCUGAGGAUGCCCUGUGAGCAGGGACGGCACAAAGCCUUUUCCACAUGCCUCCCUCACCUCGCUGUGGUCUCUCUGUUUCUCAGCACUGCCUUUUUUGCCUACUUGAAGCCUCCCUCCAUCUCCUCCCCCAUCUCAGAUCUGGUGGUGGCUGUCCUGUACUCGGUGCUACCUCCAACACUGAACCCCCUCAUCUACAGUAUGAGGAACAUGGAGCUCAAGGUUGCUGUUAGAAAAGUGAUUUCACAGAUGUUUCUAAAUAUUUGUAAGUUUACACUGUCUUGUAGUUAUCUUUAGUGUCAUUUGCAUUUGUUAUGGUCCUUGUAAUGUUUUCAGUUCAUCUCACUUCUACUGAAGAAUGGAAGUCCUGUUCACUUUUAAGGCUGUACAGGGGUGUGUCUCUACGUAGGUGUGAGCUACCUCUGAGUUUGCAUCUACUUAAUAAAAAACAAAUUCCACAUU